UUCAGGGAAGCAAGCUGGGACUCCAGAGGGAAAGCACUUUGCACCACAGACAGAUAGCGAGAGAGAGGAGGGAGACAGGGGCACACAGAGAGAGGGACAGAAAGUUUGUGUACAAAGACCUUAAAAAAAAAAAGUAGCGUUGCACCUGGUGACACAGAAAUGAGAGGUCUGCUUAGUGCUUAAAUAGCUGAGAGACAAUGGGACAAGGGAGGAAAGUGAGCGAUCUCUGCUUAAAUUUCAUAACUGCAGGGAAGUAGAAGUACAGCUGCCUCUGUCUUUAAAGGAGUCAAAAGGGCUAUUGGAUAAGGGAAACAUUUUAGUCUCUGAAAAAGAAAAAGCAGCUCAGAGUUGAAUGAAUUUCAUGCUGAGUUAUGGUUUUGACCGGCUUGAGUAUAUUUCAUAAUUUCUGCUGGCGUUGAGAGAAAGAGGCGGGAGGUGGAAGGGGCUGACGAGUUUUUUAAAAAUGCCUUUCGUUUUAUUUUAUCUUAUUUUUUAAAUGAGUGUUCAGGGCAAAAAAGGGAGCUGAAGGGAACCCGCUGGAGAGCAGCAGCAGGGAAGAUGGGUCUGUUAAGCGUGGAUUUGCUGAUCGCGCUUCAGAUCUUGCCGGGUUUUUUCUCCAAUUGCCUCUUUCUUGCACUCUACGACUCUGUGGUCCUCCUGAAGCACAUGGUGCUGCUCCUGAGUCGGUCUAAGGCGGCGCGUGGCGAGUGGCGAAGAAUGCUGACCUCGGAGGGACUACGCUGCGUCUGGAAUAGCUUCCUCCUAGAUGCCUACAAGCAGGUGAAACUGGGAGGAGAAGCCCCAAACUCCAAUGUGAUCCACAUAGCUAAUGGCAGCAACAGCAGCAGUAGCAGAAGAAAAAGUGUUGGUGGGAAAUAUGGAACCAAGUGCCACCUUCUGGACUUUGCCAAUUCAGAGCGCCCGCUGGUGGUUAACUUUGGUUCUGCCACCUGACCCCCAUUCACGAACCAGCUGUCGGCCUUCGGCAAGCUGGUGGAGGAGUUCUCAGGUGUGGCCGAUUUCCUAUUGGUCUACAUCGAUGAGGCUCACCCAUCGGAUGGCUGGGCCGCCCCUGGGAUCUCUCCCUCCUCAUUUGAGGUGAGGAAGCACAGGAACCAGGAAGACCGAUGUGCUGCCGCUCACCAGCUCCUGGAGCGGUUUUCCUUGCCACCCCAGUGCCAAGUGGUAACUGACUGCAUGGACAAUAAUGCAAAUGUGGCCUAUGGGGUCUCCUUCGAGCGAGUGUGCAUCGUGCAGAGACAGAAAAUUGCCUACCUGGGGGGCAAGGGCCCCUUUUUCUACAACCUCCAGGAAGUCCGGCUUUGGCUGGAGCAAAACUUCAGCAAGAGAUGAAAUCCAGCCUAAGAUGAGUAAAGUGUGUCAAGAGCAUUGUCCCUUUAAAGUGAUAUAAAAGGGAACAAAACACACUGUUUUACAAUAGGUCUUUCAGGGCCUAUUGCAGGAGAACAGGUUCAAUAAUAAGGUCAAAUGAAUGCAAGCCAGGAAAAAAAAAAAAAAAAAGAAAACAGCACAUAAAAAGAGAAUUGUGUGAGACAAUCCUACUCCUGCCUUCUUAAUAGGGCAGAAAAGGCCACUGAAAAGUGCUGCUGCUGCACAUGAAAGGUGGUGGGAUGAGAUUUCUCACCCAUCCUUUUAACAACAUGUUGACUUUAGGUUCCGAAGAAAGCACUGCUUCCUGGAAGGCGAUUCUGCGGAGAGGCAACCUCAUGUAUUUGAUCAGGGACAUCUCACUUUUCCAUUGAGGCCUGUGUAGGCAACUUGCCAGCAACCUGAGACCUUCAAUUAAUUUGCACAAAAUGGAGUGGCUUAUGGCUGCCUUCCUUUUUUGAUACAGAGGUAUGACCCAGCAGAGACUACAAGAUCCACCAUGCAGUGCAAACUGGCUGCUCAGUUCAAGAUGAAACAUUGUAUGUGGAUGUUGGUACUCUCUCUAAGGGCAGCCUUUCUGCAUAGUGUGUGUGUGUGUGUGUGUGUGUACAGUACGCACGCACGCACACACACACACACACACACACUCUUAGGCAUCUGUAUGUUAACAAUUAAAUUGGCAGCAGGCCACACCAUAGAACUCCAUAAGUUGCAUUUGGCUCUCAGGCUACACCUUGGUCACCACUGUGAGAUAAAGAAAGAGAGAGAGAGAGAGUGAAGGAAAGAGGUGGAGGGAGAAGGAUACAGACGAAAGAGUCUGCAAGAUCCUAAGAUCAAAAGGAGUGAGGGAGAAAGAAACAGAGAUUGUGUAAUAAAACUAUAACUUUUCACUUUGAAAAUUCAGAAAGUGGGAUUAUUUGUCACCAACACACACAGAUAUAUACACACAGGGCAAGAGAGAAGAGUUCAGCUGAUACCAGCCUUCAAUAUGUGGCACUGAAAAGAUGUAUUCAUCACUGCUUUUUUCUUUUUCUUUCUUAAGAGAAACAGCAGAGAGAGAGAGAGAAUUAGGGGUUAUUUUGUGUUUAGUUUUGUAAAAGUAAUUUAUUUCUUUUGACAUAACAGGCAUAUUUUUGAGCAGGGGCGGGACUUACACACCACUUUACCUCAUUGGAAUCGAAACCUGUCCAGUUGAUUACCCUGUUAAAGUGGUCAUGUUGAUUUUUGCUAUCCUAGAUGCCUGCAAUUAGUUUACAGCCAUAUUAGUUCAUUGGAAAGUUAAACAGUCUUUAGCCUCAGCAACUGCAGUUUCUGUUGGGCAGGAUAGCAUUUGGUUCAUGUUUCAUUCUUCUUCUCAGAAGCCUUUGGGGAAAAAAACCCCAUCACACUGGCCUCACAGUCACCACCUUAUUUCUCUGAAGAGGUUAAGGAUGAACUGAGUGAUUUAUCAAGAACAAUUGUAACAAAUGGCUGGGUUUCUCAAGAAUGGCUGAGGGGAAUAUUCUGAAGUAUAUUUAAAGAGACACUGUCAAGUGAAACUGACUAAUUACAAGAGUGAACCUGACCAGCCUAGUUUCACAGUCCACACUGAGAGAAAUGCAAAACAAGCAAACAGCAUAAAGUGGGGAAAAUUAAAGGAAAGUGUUAAAUCUCUUACCCUGCUAAUCACCUGAAAUGUCAGUACAAACCCAGGGAAGAACUUAAAAAAAAAAAAGAAAUAUUUCUAUUUUACAGUGUCCCUUUAAUCACACUUGAAAUAUUUCCUUUUGUUUUGGUGUGAGUCAAUUCAGCUAAUGCACAUGGCAUUUUAAAAAAAAUGGAUGCAUACACAAACCCUGGUAAAGCAUCCCAGAGAAGCUGGUGGGGAAUGGAGUUCAGAGAGCCAAGUUCAGCUGGGUGGAUGGAAGAGCAUGGUACUCCUGUAUUUCAGGAUUUCAUAAUUGCACUACGUAAUUUGUGAUGGGGGUAAAAAAGGGAAGAUGACAUACACUGUUUUCUUCUUUAGGGUGGGCCAAGGGUAUACAGUAAGAGGUAAGAAGAAAAAAUUGAACAAUGGAAAAUUUAGGCUGAAUAUCCAUCUACUCCAAUGUCUGCCUUCUGGUAUAUAAGCCUGACUUCUCAGACCAUUCAGUGAAGUGAUCAUGACCUACCAAUUACUAUGGUAGAUUGUUACACAUGAUCACUAGUUCAUCUAGUGCAGUAUCCUAUCACUGAUAGUGUCAGAUGCAUUAGAAGAAGGUGCAAGAAUCCCUAUACUGGACCAUUCUGAAGUAAACUGUCCACAGGAGUUACUUGUUCUGAGCCACAGACAGUUAAUAAUUGGCUUGUGCCCUUAGAAGUUUUAUCCUUUCUAGUGUGACUACAGAUGUCCUCAUUAUCCAUAUAAAUGCCUGGUCCUUUUUUGGAAUUCUUUGAAGAACCUGAGCUCAAUUAUGUCUUGUGGCAGUGAUUCCUUUUAUCAAAUUUGUUGUCUUUCAAUUUAAUUGAAUUUCCCCUUGGUCUUGUAUUAUAAGACAGAGUAAAUAGGGGCACCCAAUUCUCCUUCUAUGUGUCAUUCAUUAUUUUCUAUACUUUUGAUGCAAGUCUUAUUUGUGUCCUUUCUGAACAAAACAAUCCUAAUCUUUCAGUCCCACAUAUGGGUCCAUAUCUCUUUUCAUUUCCUCCCAUUUUUGGACUCCUUCUCUUUUUGCUUAACUACUUUUUUCAGGUAGGAUGACCAGAGCUGAAAACAGUAUUCCAGAUGAAAACAUUCAGUGGGUGUAUAUAAUAAUGUAAUAUUUUCAAUGUUAUUUUCUAUUACAUUCUUCAGACAUCCUAAACUUUAUCAUUCCAUAAUUGCUUCAGGCUAUAACCCGAUGUGCCUUGUAAAGGUGAAAUCCUUCUUUCUUUCUUUCUUUCUUUUUCUUCAAUCUGGGGCUUUUAGCAUUGUCUUAGUUGUCUGUCUGCAAAAUGCCAACCCAAGUGUCUAAUAUGACUGUUGAAACAUAUCUUAAGAUCACAAGAAGGAGUCCAAAUUAGUAACUCUAAUACUCCUUUGCAUAGCUAAAGUCACAGUAAUUUUGCAUAGCUUUUUUUCUCCUUUUUGGAUUUCUACUAUUUUGUCCCUCUCUCACGUGUGGGUGUCUUGUUAUUCAUAGAUGGGUUUUCAUUGCACAGCAAUGGGAUUAUAAAACUAGCUUCUGUAAAUAGACAAUCCUCAAGGAUCAGAACUUUCUUUUUUGGCAACAUGAAUUCCUGACCCUGGCCAAAAUGCAAAGAUGCUGGCAACCUCUGUGGUUAUCAUGACAGGGAUACAUUUUGUAAAUUCUUUUGACCCCUCCAGAAAACAUAUGGCAAAAAAAGCAGAGAAGAAUAUUUUCAAUAGAAAAGAAAUUAUCUUAGAGAAAAAGAUGUUUUCUCUUUUGUAAGUGAUUAAUAGAAACAUUAAAUACAAUUCCUUUAAUUUUUUGGUGGUAUAAAAGAAUAAAACUUUUAGAAAAGGUUUAAAAAUUAAUGAAAAAAUGUCACCAUUAAUUAUACAAAUAGACACAUAUAGGUAAGAUUAACUUCUGCAGUUAUGUUAGUAGGAUUAAAAAAAUUAAAAGACUAUCAGUCAUCAGGCUUUCAGGAUGUAAACUGAUUGCUAGGUAGAGUCAGGAAGGAAUUUUGCUACUAACAUGGCAUAAUUGGCCAGGUGCAUUGUGAGGUUGGGUUUCCCUUUCUCUGUUUCUUUACACAAGGCAUCUGCUGGACCAGAAUAACCAUAGUUUAUUCCAGUAUGGCAAAUCUUACAUUCUGAAGUUGAACAGAAUUCACAGAAGAGGCUAAUGCCUGAAAAUAUUUCAAAAAGUCACUAGAUAGAAUAGGGAAUGCAGUCCUGUCCCUUGGCAGUAGCUGGAGAUUGUUAACUGUUUUUUUAAAAAUAUCCUAGCAUGCCUGCAAUGUCACGUUGGAUCUGAUUCUCCACAGAUGUUUGCCUUAUAUUAUUAUUUAGCCCUGCGCAAAAUAAAUGUAAGUGACACCACCAGAAUGAUAGCUUUUUGCUCCUCCUUUGCACUUGUGUAAAUGAUGACACAAGGUGAAAGGCAGUGGAGAAUCAGGCCCGGCACAUUUAAAAAGGAAAAAUCCAUGGCAAAAUGUAUGUCACUGAACAGCUUCGCUAAGGACUUCAAAAAGCUAAAGGCGAUUAUUCUUCUGAAGGUUGUCUAGAUGGAGAAAUCCACGAAGCUUCUUAAAAAUGUCUCAGUGGUGUGUGCGAGACCUUUAUAUGUUGUUGGGUGUAGGAUUAAGAUUUUUAACACAUACAUUCAGUACUAUAACCAAAGCAAUAAAAGAGGUAUCAGGUAGGGAAUAAUGGCCAGUUUUGUUCGACUCUACACUAUAUCAAUGCAUGACCCAUAUGCAGCAAACUACAGGCCUGAAUUCUGGGCUGUACAGAUGGGGGAUGAGGGCAAGACAGGAGUACUAGUGUGCUCAUGAAGACCGCUAACAAAAGAGUAACUAACUCCGUUGGCGUUCAGAUGCCAUCACACUGGCAUUUCUUUCUGCGUUUUGCUAUCUCUAUUUGGAGGGUCUGCUUGAUGUCCAUUCCUUUGAGUACUGUGGGUAGAGAUGUGUUUGUAUGUUUAGAUGUCAGAAAUAUACUUCAUAGGAGAACCAGCAAAAAUGUGUUAUAAUAUUGGUGCUCUGUGCAAUGUGUGCUUUUUAGACUUGUCUUUUUUUUCUUGUAUUUUAAUAAAAUCUAAAGGCAAAAAUA